AUGGCAGAGACUAAACAAGGCUUGAAUGACAAAUUAGAGGAGUGGCGAGCAACUUUAGAGGGCAGCGGUUUAAGGAUUAGUCUCUCUAAGACUGAGUAUCUUUAUUGUGAGUUUAGUGAGGUAAAUGACGACGACGAUACUCAUGUUUCCGUUGACGGUCAUAAGGUUCCGCAGACAACUAAGUCCAAAUAUUUAGGAUCGUUUGUACAAAUGGAUGGGGAGAUAGAUAGUGAUGUUGUUCAUUGCAUCCAGGCUAGAUGGUGUAGGUGGAGAGCAACCACUAGACUGCUGGACCAUCAAUAUGACAUAGGCACACAAGAUGGAGGUAGCAAAGAUGAGGAUGUUAAGAUGGAUGUGUGGGCAUACAAGAGAGAAAAAUGGGAUCUACAUAUGGUGUUUAUUGACCUUGAAAAGGCUUAUGACAUUGUACCACGUAGGGUGAUUUGGGAUAGUUUGGAGUGUAGAGGGGUUCCUAAAAAGUAUAUAGAUAUAAUUAAGGAUAUAUAUGUUAGGACUGAAACUAGUGUGCGGGCACUUGUUGGGGAUACAGAUUUUUUCCCCGUGGAGGUAGGACUCCAUCAAGGGUCUGCGUUGAGUCCGUUUCUGUUUGCAGUUGUCCUGGAUGAGUUAUCAAAGCCGUCGAUUCAAGAGCCAGUUCCACGGUGUUUGCUUUUUGCGGAUGAUAUUGUUUUAGUUGGAGAUAGUAAACAAAGCUUAAAUGAAAGGUUAGAGGAGUGGCGCGCAACCUUAGAAGGCAAAGGUUUAAGGAUUUGUCGUUCCAAGAUUGAGUAUCUAUACUGUAAUUGUAACGCUUCGCAUAUUUGUACUUUCCCGAUUUAG